AUGAACUCUGAAAUCCUCUGGAUCCUGCUGUGUACCUUUUUGGGGAAGACCCUGGGCAAUCGAAUGCGAUGUUAUGACUGUAAUCCAGAUGGUCCCUGCUCUGAGAUUGUAAGGACAUGUGGGGAGGGCGAGCGCUGUGGAUUCUUGGAGCAGAGACUCAACCAAGAGGAGCAGGUCAACUUUCCAGGGAACCCCACAGUCUCCCUGAUCCAUCAGCACCCUACCUGUGUGGCUGCCCAUCGCUGCGAACAGGAGGAAACAGAGUUGGUGGGUGGUGUGUCCUAUACCACUCACACUAGCUGUUGCCAUGGUGACCUCUGCAAUGGUGCUGCAUCUAUUAUGGUUCCUAGCAUUGCCUUGGCUACUCUGGCGGCCACCACACUGGCUUGGAUCCUACCAGGACUAUGGGGAGGAUAA